CGGCUGUCUCUGUGUCGAGACCAAACUGAAGGCAGGCAUUACGGGAAUGUUCUCCAUUCAGCCCCCUCCAACUCCUCUCACCCACGCUCUGUCUCCCCUUUCCAGCUCGCAUUCUUCUUUUGUUUAGACGGCUGUUGAAACCGUCGCUUUUUUUUCUGCGCGUUUUCCUCAGCCACAACGGCCCGUGUUCUGUGGCGACAGACGAGAUCCGUGUGCCGGAAUAUAGGUGGUAGCUCUCUCGUCUCCCGCGUGGCGCCGGGUUGUGACUGUGUCGUGUGACUGUAGUGAUUUGUAUUGCCCCGCAACUUGUUGGCGACACCACUCCUCCGCGCAACUCCCGAGCAAUUUGGGUGUUUUUCUGGAGUUUUCGGUGUGCGUAACUUUUGCGAGCAGGAGAGUUUCCGUGUCGGGCUGUUUUUCGGAUGGCGGCUCCGGUGUCUUUUCUUUGAACGUUGGCAGGACAACGGCUGCCGCACUUCUUCGGCGAAUCCCCCCCCGCGAGGCGCUCGGAGAAAACGACAGAGAGCGUGUAGGCAACACCAGGUGUCGUCGGGGUUCUCUCUGUGUAGAAGGCUGCGAGAGAGCUGGCGGCGGUCUUCGCCUCGCUUUUCGGCGUUUUACAGAUUUGGAUUUAGGCUUCGAGACGAAAAGGCUGUGUGUGUGUGUGUGUGCCCAACAGUUCCUCGUCUCUUCCGAGCAACACUCCCAUAUGGCCCCCACUCUCUGUGUCGCGCCCAGGCGUCCUAAAAAUACUCUGGGGAUCUGCAGAACGUGCUUUUGUCUCUGGCGCCCGAGGCAAAUGCGAAGUUUCUUGCGCCGGAAGGCAGCGUGACAGAUGCCGACUCCUGCCACCUGCUCAACCAUUUAAAGCAUCUCUUCUUUGUGCCUUCUCUCGCUUUCCGAGCCGAGUGUACACGCAUGUGUUGUGCAGGAAAACUCCGGACCGUCGCUGCUCGUCACUCCCAGUGUGCUGUCGACCCGGAUUUCCGUACAUUGGCGAGAGAGGGAAAAGAGAGACAAACCGAGUGCGGAAGGUCCUUUCUGUCGCUUGUGAACGCGGUCUUCGUCCCCAGUCCAGCUUUUUAGUUUGUGGCUCGCGCCUGCGUGUGCACUCUGUCGACCGCGGCGACCUCGGCGCUGGCCGGCGUUUGCCGAAAGAUUUCAGACGUGAACUCCCGUCUCUCUGUGGCCACAUUCGAGAGUUUCCGGUUCAGCGAAUCGGAGAUCUGGAGAACUCGGUGAAGAAAGAAGAGGCGCAAUGCAACGCCCCUUGUCUUCCCGCACGCCUCACGCGACAGCCGUUGUUGACUCGGCUGUACAGACAGCGUGAAACGGGAAUGCCAUUUCAUCGUUUCCGCCUUCUCACCGGACCGCGCGUCAGUUGUCGGCACACCGCAGUCUUGUCUUUUGGAUUUGAGGCAAGGCGCGCGCGAGCAGAAACGCAAGGGCAACGCGUCGCUUGCCGGAUAAAUGCAGGCGAAACUCCGCGGGGACGAGUGAGGAGUCUCCCUCUUGUGCGCCCCGAUCGAGCCAACGGGCAGACGUUUUGAGAGCUCUGCUACUGUCUCGCGAGGGCCGCAUCUGUGUCGAGGUCACUUCCAUUUGACGAUUGUGGAUGGCCUCGGCCUCUGCGGCUGCCGCGUUUGAGAGAAUUCACAGGGCCGUCUGCACAGAGCGGCGUCAACACCCGAGAGGUCGAACGAAAUUCGAGUGAAUGUCCAAAGUCGAUGGACUCGCAGAAAGCUGCUUUCCUCGAAUUCGCACAUCGGAGAGUGCCGCCUUCGCUCUGCGUGUACGUCGUCGACAAGGCCCUGCGAGAGUUCUGCCGGAGUCUCGUUUUUUCGCGCGCGCGUCCGCACCCGCAGCAGACUCUUGUGGGCAAAAAAACCACCGUGGAGAGAAGUCGCGGUCCGGUGUGGUGGUUGUCUGCCGCCGCAAUUGCCCCUGAGUCGGUCGCCCACUGGCUGUGAGGCGUUGCACUGGAAUUCGGAGGACUCUCGAGCAACGAAAUCCGUCGGGGAGAGAGGAGGGGCAAACCGAGGAGACACCCACGAUGGCGCCUCGCUUGUCCCCGACGACGUCUCCGUCGGUCCAGGCGUACUUGGUGCACAAAGGCGAGGAGAGGAGGGAGGCUGCACAGGCUGUCUUCUUUUCGGAUGCGUUUGCGCGCCCACCGCUCGAGCCGGGCCAACUGCAUGCUAAUGAAGCCCAGCUGGCGGGCGCCGCACUGCGGGCAUUCCCGUGGAGCGACUCGCAGAGCCAUGCGUCGUUUCCUGCGCAGCAGCGGGACUGCUUCUUGGCUGUUCCGACUGGGUUCUCGCGCCCUGAGACCUGCGAAGAGAACACGGGCGAGUGGACUCACGCGGCUCCAGGAACUCCAGCGGGUCUCGGCGAGGCCUUCGCACAGAGAUCCCAGCCGGCAGGCGUCUCCGCGGUUCCCGUCCAAGCGUUCUGUGAUCGGUGGGAGCCGGCCGAGGCGCGAAGCCAGGAGUUUCUCAGGAGACAAGAGACGCCUUCAGUCGCGAAGCCGAUGGGCGCUCUUGAUCCAGAGGGUCUUGCUUGUCGCCAAGGGUGCGAGCGAUGGCGAAAGGAGAAGGGAUCCGUCGAGGCUGGUGUCGGCCAGGCCCACAGCCGAGGCCCGGGCGCCCUCCGGACUACCUUGGCGGGCGUCGACGAGCUGGCGAUGAGCGCCGUGGGCGCGGUGCUGAGUCGACUCGCGAAAAGAGGGACAGAGGACUUGCGAGCGUCCGGCGGCGAAGGGGUGAUCACGGUGUUUCAUUCCUCGACCGAACCGUCGAUCGGUGUGCGCGAGUACGUGGACCGCCUCGCGCGCUUCUUCCGCUGUUCGAGCGAGAGCUUUAUCCUCGCCCUCAUCUACAUCGACCGCCUCGUCCGCCGACGCCCCGGCUUCACGCUGAACAGCUUGAAUGUGCACCGCCUCUUCAUCACGGCGCUGACGGUCGCCGCCAAAUUCUUCGACGACACAUACUAUAGCAACAGCUUCUAUGCGAAGGUUGGCGGGCUGUCUCUGAAGGAGCUGAACAGACUCGAGGUCACACUCGUUCUGCUUCUCGACUUCCGGCUCCACGUCAUGCCCCAUGAGUUCCUCUCGGUCCGCGCAUUCGUCCUCGAGGAGGCCGUCCCGCGCCCGCUGAAGGCCCCCGUAGCCGGCGCGACUCGAGACGGUCCAGCCUCUCUCCCCUGGAACUUCGCCCCCCACGCGGUCCGCAGCUUGACAGCCGCCAGGCGCCCCGUCUCGCGACUCCACCAAGUCCUCGGCCUGUCUCCUCACGUUCGCGGCGCCUGUGGUGCGCGGGGUGACGCUCGGGUCGUUCCGUCGGCCAGUGCAGAGCCCAAAGCUCCCCGCCUCGCGAAGGACGCGCCGGCGCAUGGAUACGCCCUCGAGGGCGAGGCCGGACGUUCGAGGCCCAGAGAGACGGAGGAGCUGGGAAACGCGUCUUCUGGCGCAGGCGGCCCCGGAGAGACCCGCGGAGUCGCGGAUGUCGUCAUCACACCCGCGACCGUCGCCUCCCGCGGCGACCUGUCUCGCGGCUCUUCCAGCUCUUUGGCGUCCAUUUCAGGUCCGAGAGAUCCCCUGUGGCCGAGACCUGAGCAGGAUCGAACUCACCUCCGCCGGGCUGCCUCACGCACAAGUCCUCCCGCCUCGCCCCUCUCGGGUCGCAAGACCGACUCAGCCGAAGACGGAGGGGACGGCGAGGAGCCGCGAGGGGACCUGCACCUCGACCAGGACACAACAUGGGAGGAGGUGGUGUCUCCGACGGCGGAGACAGUGUGGGGUCUGUCGGGACUCCAGGCAGGGGCGCAGAAGGCGAGUGCGCAGGCGGGGUCGGAAGCUGCGGGGCGCGAGGUCGAAGGCCCGCGAGUGCAGAGACCUAGAAGCGAGGAGGCCGACUGUGGGGACGCCCACCUCGAGGGCGUUUCUGCGAGCGCCUCGAACUCCGUUGGAAACGGCGCGGUGUCUCUGCAGAUUCAGUCGUGCCUGGAAGAGCGGCUUUUGUUUCAGAGCAGAUAUCUGGGUCUAGGGAAGACCUUGACUUGCGAGAGCGAUCUGUCGUCACAGGCGCACCCAGACCCGCGCUUGCACCUCGCGGGCCUGGACACAGGUCUCUCGUCCUUCACCCGAGCCUUGACUCACGGCUCCGGAGUGUCGCCGUCGAGCCGAGAAACAGAGAAGGAACUGGUCACCUGCAUCUCGUGUGGGGGCCGCCCGCUCGGCGCAGUCUCGCGAACCUGCGCGCUGCGACGCCCCGACCCUGGUGCAUUCGACCUCGCCUUGCACGCCCCCACUGAGAGAGACUCCCGGGGCGACGCCCUCGGCGGCCGUGCCCGGUCCCCCGAACGACGGGGAAGCAACGCGGUGCACCUCGGGCACCCAGAAGGCUCCGCGGAGACAGCUCGUGAAGGACAGGGGCCGCCUUCGGGGCGGACUCCAGGACUGGAGCAUGCAGAAAACGAAGCACAGGCUGAGACGCCGGAGACUUGGGGCGGGGGUGCGCCCGACGGGGCGCGGGCAGCGACGACUUGUGCCGGCGCGCGGACGGCUCCUCAGCGUCUGGAGGCGACAGUGGAGGGGAAGGCGAAGAGACAGUUGGUGUCUUCGUGCGCAGCUUCUUCGCUCUCUGUGCUCGCAGGCGGCCAUGCCUCAGACGCCGCGGCCUGUCGCUUUCGGGGCUGCUUGGCGGAGAGGAAGCAAAGCCGGCGCGAGCUGCGGCGAGAAGUCCCUGAGGCACACGCGUCGAAGGCGAGCUGCUCUGCGUCCCGAGAGCGCGGCUACUACGACAGCGAGCGGCGAGAGGAGUGGCGACGAGACUUCACUGGGGGCGCCUUCUCCUUCGCUGGACCGGAGCAACGCAGCCAGACCUUUGCGAGUUUCGCGUCGGCAGGGCCGGUGGCUGUCUUCGCGCCGCGCUCCUGCUCCGGCCGCGAGGAGAGACGAGAAGGCGCGGGGGCGAAAGCGUUCUUCUCUCGCGGUCUGGCCAGUCCGCAGGCGGCGGCCGUCUCGGAGGACGUGGACGCACGUUUGGGGACAGCUCUCGGGUCCCGAGGAGACACUUGCGAGGAGGGGGGCCAUGGGGCCGGCGUUCCCGCGCACCCCUGUUCUUUGGGGGCGCUGGUGCCUGUGGAGACCCUCGCUCCUGAAGAGGCCAGUCGACUUCUUCCGGCGGUAUCGAGCUUCUCGGCUUCCUGGUCUGCUUCGCGAGCGGGGCUGCUCCUGUCGCUCUCUUCGACUGCAUGCAGUCUCCCUGGUUUCCGAGGCUUCUGCCCCACACCCGUGACGCCGACGGAGCGAAAGGAGGGACGCGUGGAACACAGUCCCGCGUUCGACUCGCCGCACUGUCUCGGUUCGGGUCGCUCCGUGAACUCCACUGCGAGCACGGUGGCCCCUGACCAGUACGUCAGCUUCGCGAACGAGGACAGCAUUGGCUUCGCCCUGCGCGCCCUCGCGUCGCCGCUGCAUGCGCUCCAAGGCAAGGUGGAGGAGAGAGAGCGACAGCUUCUGCAUGCGAGGUUUCUCAGAGACCGGUGCCGCACCAAGCUGCCGACCAACCAGGCGUGAGACUGGAGAACUGCGGCGCGCCCUGCGCAGUGAGAGGAGAGAGGGCAGACGUACCAAAACAGAGAGACGGAGUUGAAGGGUGCGAUGGCAACUGAAAAGGAAGGGUGAGAGGAAGCUGGAGAGAAGCACCUGAAGGGAAGUCUGGAAGCUGACUCGUUACUACGCAUGCGGUAGACCGGAGAAAAGAGACACCACCGGCACCGGCAGAAGAAAGGCGCGAGACAGCGACGUCCAGGGAGGAACACGAGCGCUCGAGGGAAGAGGAGGGACGGAGUGCUUCUGAGACGCAAGUGUGUAUCUCUGGGGAACAAUUACAUUUUCCUAUGGCGGUCGCGCCUGUCGGGCUUCCCCCGGACCGACGCGUAGUCUUUCCGGCACAGCCUCGAGGCAAGACCCUCACAGAUUGGCUUCCCAGGGGAUGCUGUGCAUGUGGAACGCGCUCUCUUCUCCCUCUUGAGAAAAGAAGGAGUCCGGUUCGACGCAUCUGUUUUAGAGUGACCAGAAGUCCGGACGGAGUCUCGAGCGCGUUGUGUUGACUUGUGCGUUUCGCUCCGAACCGCAGUUUCUCAGCGUCGCUCUUUUGCGCAGUCAGCUACGCGACGACGCAUCCAAGUCGGUGUAGGCAUUUUUAUGGAGGCCUGCGCGCAAGUUUGUCCGCGGACUUGCGCGCACACCCACACACGAGAGACUUUCGAUUUAUGCUCGUCGAUUUGUGUCUUUGGUCUCCGCAUGGCUUUCUGGCCUGCGUAGCGAAGCAGCAUAUUUUUCUGGGUUCUUUCGCGAGGCCCGAGCGGCGCCCGAGGAACAGGCUGUGUGCGUUUGCGCCGUAUUUUUGGAGCUCGAGUACAACGAGGCGCAGACUCUUUUUCGAGACUGCGCGCGCCUCGCUCGUUUUUUUCGCGUCGUUGCCUUCGCGUAGCUCAGACCGGCGUAGCAGAUUGGCGCAGCUGAUCGCUGCAGCUCUGAAAAAACGCGCCUAUUUAGAUGGCACUCUCUUGCUGAACGCCCGCGUUUUUGGGUCUCUACGCGCGAUCCCGGCCCCGGUCCUCUGCGGCGCACAUGGCUGCUGGGUUUGCAUGUGCCUGAGAGCGACGCUCGAGUUUUUUAUGCAGAGGUCUGUGUAUCGACGGGCCGGCAGGGGGGAGGCGGCGCAGCGGAGACGGACGGAAGCCUGGAAGGAGUAAGAGUGCCUGCCUAACUCUCCACCCACCACCCCCCACCCCCAUCUCUUCUCGCCUCCGAUUCUCUUCGCGCGCUCGCAGGAGAGACGACACAGGGACAGUUUCCCCUUCUUAGCGCCUGUCUCCGCAUUUCGCGGGGUUCAAGCGAGAGAAUCCAGAGACUCAAGAGAGGCGGAAUCGCGUUUUGUUUUUCGUUUUUCCGUUGACACAUGUGAGCGAAGAAAGCUUCGCGGUGUGAUUUCGAGAGAGCCCCCCUUCGCAGUGGGCGUGUGGGCGUGUGGGGUGCGAAAGUCGACGCGAGGAGACAGGGCCUCCGCGCGCGCAGCCGAAAGGGGCGGGCCCGAGAGACACCCCACAGAAGGGAGAGUCUGUGUUUCAGGGACCCCCAGCGCUGUUGCAGGAUUAUGAAGGGAAAGGGAGGAGAGAGACUUGGGCGAAGAACGAAACGCGCAGGUCCGGUCUUUCCUGAAGUAGGCUCUGUGAAUGUGGAGACUUUGAGGCUGCGACCGCGCGCGAGAGUCGCGUCUCUCUCGAGAGAGGAGAGAGACAUGUGGAGAGGAGAAGGAUCUCUCUGGACGCUCUCUGGGUGCCCCAACGGAUGCUCGGAGGGCGGUGGGCUUGAGCAAUCUGCGCGCUGUUGCAUUCGGGGCAUGGAGAAGAGAGAACUCGGAUGAGGAGCUGACAGCGCUGAAGAGAAGUUGGGGACUUGCAGGACCACCGGGGUAGAAGACGGGGGGGGGGGGGGAUCGCAGAGGGGAAGCCCCGCAUGCGUUUUUCAGGAAGGAACUGUGUACGAGGAGAGAACAGCUGCGAAUCCACGGACAAGAAAAACUGGGCGUCCCCUGCAGACAGUACGCAGACCACACGGAUGGCUGUGAAACUCGCUGGAAAUGAAGCCGUAGAUAAGAACUUCCUCGCGAGAGACGAUGUUUGUGCUCGAGAAACAGUCUCGAGGCACUGCCUCCGUUGUGAACACACACUGCAUGCGCAGGAAACAUGCGUGUGUGCCGGAUCGAUGCAUGCGAUUUCGUUGCCUCAUGCGGCCUCGAAGCGGUAGCGCAAGAAGGAACGCGCGCGCGAAGCGCGUUUUGCGAACGUUUUUAUCGCUUCCGAGGGAAGAAUAUGUGCGAUGAGAUAGACUGAACUUCUUUUUGCCGACAAAUGUGAGUGAUUCGGAGACCAGAGAAGAGUCGAGCUGCGGCGAGUCAACACAGCGAACUGUGUCGUUCCUCGUGGACUCUCCCCACACGGUGUCCCCACACGCGAUUUUCUCCCUCGCGCCCAAGUCAGGGCAACCCGCCUCGUCGCAGACUCAAAGGCGAGUUCGAAGACCAGCGCACCGACGCUCUGUGCGCUGGUCCUCGAGCAGCAGCUGCCUGUCUGCAGUCUCCUGUCUGCGACUGCUGCGUGUGUGAGAAGGCAGCCGCAGACUCGCAGCAGAGGAACGCGGAGGAACGGAGAAGUUCCGCUCUGUCGUCGCUCUUGGCUGAUGAAGCCAGAGCACAACCCACCAGAGGGGGGUGCGUUUGGGGCCUCUAAGGGAAGACCGAGACUCUGGACUUUUUUGUCUCGGCAGGGAACACAGCUGGUCCAUCCAUUUCACAAGAGCCGACGGGUCUCUUCUUCUAGAAACGCGCUUUUCAAACGGGGUCCGGGGGAAACUCACUCAGCCCCACAUGCAGAUAUAUACAUAUGUAUGUAUAUGUAUGUAUAUGUAUACAUGUAUAUAUGUAUAUUUAUGUGUGUAUAUGUGCAUCUUCUACGCAUUUAUGCAUGCGAGGACCCGCGCAGACAAAUAUUUUUGUGCGUGUACAUGUCGCGAGAGGUUACAUGGCAGGCUGGAUACGCGCAGCCAGCUGUGAGAUGAGGUGAGAGAUGAACAGGAAUCAAAAAGAAGGCGAGCGAGCUCGGACCGCGAGCGAAGUUUAUAAACUUCCGGGUGUGUGCGACCCGCGGGCGCAGACAGGACACCGGAGAAAAGGGGAAGAAUGAAGGAGCGAGUCGAGGGGAAGCUAUGAUCUGCUGGAAAUGAUGCUUCACAGAUUCAAACCGCUUUCUCAACCGCGACUCGAGAGACACCCAAAAAACAGUUGUUGACGGUGUGGUUGCCCGCUCUCCUCUCGAGGAAAGGGGAGGAGGAGCUGUCGAUUCUCUCUGCUGACCGAACCUGCGGAGGCGAAUGGACGUCUCUUAGAGCGAAGCUUUGCAUGCAGUGACAAGGAGCGCGCUGGCGCGCCAACGCUCUUUCGGAACAGAUGUGCGGGAAAAAGUGAAUUUCCUGUGCUCACGAGGUGCAGGAAAGUGAACUCUCUGUGCUCCCUCACCUCUGUCGACGCUACAUUGGAAACGCGGUUCAGCAACCGUGGGCGCAUGUUCUCCGUACACAUCGGAACUGCAUGCACGCGUGAUGUAAAAUAGGUGAGCGUUUCCAGCUUCCCGUAGAGACGGAGAGGCUCGACAGUCUCUCGUGACAGGCGAACGCAGAGAGCGAAGAUCUGCCUGCGAAGGAGUCGGGCCGGCAAAUCCCCUCUCUCGAAGGAGCACGAAGUGGAAAACGCAAGUUCCGAAAUCCAGCUUCGCAGUGACGCUCCCGUAGUCAGGAAAGACAUACGGAACAAACACAGCAUUUCCCAGAGCUACACAAAUCUACCUGUACCCGUACAAAUGCUUCUGUAUGUUCACUUGUGUAGCUGCAGGCAUACAUAUAUAUAUAUAUAUAUUACAUGCUGCGUGUGUGUGCGUAUGUAGAUAUGUGAAAUUUAUGACUGUGUCUCUCCGUAGCAUCCCAUUAGUGUGAGACGGCAGGGUCGCGCGAGUUCUUGCACAGAGGGGUGAGCGCGUUUCAGCGAGCAUGGUAUUUUGGAUUGAGAGGCAGCUGUCUCGGCAGACGAAGCGAUUUAGAGCAAUGUGUGGUGCUGCAAAGGCGUCUUUGCCUCACGCAUGCAGUGGCGUGACGAUCCACUCUCGAGAUCGCAAAGUUCGUGUGCCGACAGCGAAAGGACUUGGCCUACAGCGGCCGCACGGGGAGCCAUGAGACAGACCCGAUCUCGAGCUUCACGCGUCUGGAAAGAGAAAAAGAGCGAUGUGCUCAUGAAAGAA